AAGUGAAAUUAGAGUUGUGGCCAAGGAAGUCCGAAUUAUUGUUUUGAUUAGAUAUAUACAUGGUGUAUUAUUCAUUGUUGAUGAGAGUUGGUAGAUUAGAUAGAGGCGUCGAGAAAUCCCCCUAGUGUUGGCUAUUGGAGGACCGUUCUAACCAUACGGGAUGGGUGACAUUCACUACAAUUUAUACCGUCGUGCGAUUCGGCGCUGCUGCGAUCACGAGGUGGUUUCGGAGCUCACAAAUCCUGAUCUGCCGCUACUCUCAGUGUUUACGAGCAAGAAGUACAGGAUGCCAUGGCAAAAAACGAAGCUAGUGAGAGCGUAUGUUACGUUAGCUGAUGUCCUGGACUCGUCAGUGGGAAGCGAGCACUCAAAAAAGCUCUCGCAGUUAGCUGAAGUGCGUGAGCAGUCUAUGCUGGACAAUUUCAAAGAGCAUUUUGAAGUAAACGACAAGGGCAAUCUGAAGGCCACAGCUAAAUCUUAUGCCCACGUAAAUUUGGACGCAGAAGAGAAAUACGUGGUGGAUGUGGAACUCGGCGCAGUGACCUACAAAGAAAUCAAAGCAGAAAGCCUGGACGAGGUGCUGCCUGGCCUGAAAGUUCAACAGAAUCACUUUGUGCUGAAAGAGCGAAAGCCAAGAUCACUGUACGUAGUAAUACGCUGCGAUUUGGCUGAGAAGAUCAUAAUGACCACCGACUUGCAAACUAAGGAGGGUGCCUCUGCAGGCGUGGACAUAAAGACGGAUAUCGGCGAUGAUGCAGGAUUGUCAGCGGAUCGCACGUCACAAACAAAUGCGAUGCGUAACUUCAAGAGCACGAUCGGCUUUAAAUGCUGCCAGCUUCGCAUCAACGGCGACAACACGCUCUCGUUGAAACAGUAUGACUUCGGCCAGAGACGGCUGGACAUGGAUGAAACUGACUCAGGUGCAGCGGCAAGUGGGAGCGGUACUGACAGCACAGAUGGUGGCGUAUCUGGUUUCCGUGCAUUGCUGCAGCCAUUCACCAUCGUUCAGCAGAGAAAGGAAGUGCAGGCAGUAAUCCUGGACUGGGUAAAAUCUUGCCCAUCGGAAGACGUAAUCUGCUUCAUUGAAGAACUUCUGGACAAUAUACUGACAACCGGCGAAACGGCAAAGAGCUGUCAGCUCCCGGCAUCGUGGGUUUGCAAGUCGUUUGUUGCAGAAAGUUUGACGGAGGCCACGGUUGCUCUGCUUAAGUCAGCCGGUAUUUCAGUCAUUCAGUCACCCUACCAAGAAGCAGAGUUACAGUGGAUGAACCUCAGUGACGAUGAUAUCGAUUUACUGUCAGCUUGCUUGCGCAUCGUUAGCCUAACCGAUGAUCUCAACUCAGACCAGCAAGCCGCUAUCGGUUAUGUUGCUGCCGAUGAUGCGAAUAAUGUCAUUGAUGUGCUGCUGGCAGCAUCUGAGUUCAAGGCUCCAAAGAUGGAUCUCAAGGACAAAAACAGGACGACAUGGGCUACGUUUGAGCAUCCAUCUGUUGUCAAGCUGUGCAAAAUGCCUAUUGCCGGGGCCAUGCAAUCCUUUGGCAUUCAUCUGCAGGUUUCAUCGGAGACAUCAGCCAUGUUUGAUUCGUACCUCCUGGACGAGGGUCGACUGCAGAACAUUGCUGCUUUGAUUCACAUGUUAUGCCUUUCUGUUGCAUGAACAUUGUCUCGGCUUACCGCGUGCCACUGAAAGAAGCCUGGCGUUUUGAGACAAAUUAAUGUUUUCGAAUCACUGUGUUGUAGAGCUAAUUCACUAUUUUUAUACUACAAAUCUCAGUCUAUUUCUCAUGGUACAUUUCCUUCUCUGUGCACCGUUGGACUACCUCCAUAUAGCAGUAUCCCAGAUUGAUACCAAUACAAACAAGAGUACAUUACCUCCUGUACUCUUGACACAAAUAGCAAUUCGGCCACAUGCCAUAGUAAUCUUUUCUACGGAUUAAUUUUGAAAGGUCACUUCUUAUAAUCUUGGUUCCAAGCCGGCCGAGAACUUGUCCACAAGAUAUUUUAUUCGUUCUACCAUAUUUUACCUUCACUGGCGAGAGUUUUAUAAUCGAAACAGCUGUAUGAA